UCUGUACACAACCCAGGAGGAUAUCGGCCCUGACAACAGCAGAGAGAGUAGCAGCAGAACGAGGAGAGAAAGUUGGGUACACAGUAGGAUACCAAAUCAGACUAGAGAGCAAAUUGUCUCCCAAAACUCUCCUGACAUUCUGUACAAACGGUGUCCUGUUACGGACGCUCAUGGGGGGAGACUCCUCGCUAGCUAGUGUCACUCAUAUUCUUGUCGAUGAGGUUCAUGAGCGUGACAGGUUCACAGACUUCCUUCUGCUUGUCUUGCGAGACUGCCUCCACAAGUUCAGACAUCUGAAGCUCAUCCUUAUGUCAGCUGCUCUGGACGUUAACCUCUAUGCCAAAUACUUCAAUAAUUGUCCUGUUAUCGAUGUUCCUGGAAGUACCCCAGUUAAAGAAUACUUCCUGGAGGAUGUUUUGAAAUAUACCAGCUACCAAACACCUGAGAUGCUGAAGGCAUAUAAAGAGCUGGAGCAGAGACAGAGUGGCCAGAAGACUGCAGCAGCUUGGACACAGCAGAUGUCUCAGCAGACACUAAGCUUAGGGUCCAGUGCACCUGCACCAGAACCUAGAAGCAACAUCAUAAAUAGUGAAUUCAGCAAGGGUACUGGAGCUGAGCUCGAUAAUACUUUGAAAGAAGAAAUGGACAAAUGCAUUCAAGAAGCUUUUCUCACGGGUGCCGAUGAAGCAUUCUCUCAGAUGAUGUACUUAAUCAUGUCAGAAAAUGUGUCUCCAGAUUAUCAGCACUCUGAAACCUGGGCAACAGCACUUAUGGUAGCCUCUGGCCGUGGUCGUGUCGACAUAGUGGAGCAGUUGCUUGCCUUAGGCUCUUCUCUCACCUUGCGUGCAGCAAACGACUGGACUGCAGCUGACUGGGCUCAGUCAACAGGACAGCAGGAGACCCUUGAUUUGCUGCAUGCCUAUAGUGCCUGUGAGGGAGUUGACUUGCUAACCAUCUCAGGAAAGGGAAUGCAAAGCAGCAGCUCCUCCUCAAAUCAUGGGAAUGUCAUCAGAGGUCCUUCAACAGUGGUGCCCCUAACUGAACUCUCGCCAGAGGAAAAGCGAAUGCUGGAUGCAUACCACCACUCAGUAUCAGAGGAAGUGGCUGAUGUAGACCUGGUGUAUGCUCUGUGUUACAAGAUUCACACAUCUCAGCCCCCUGGUGCAAUCCUCAUCUUCCUACCGGGAUAUGACGAUAUUGUCAAUCUCCGUGAUCGCAUCAUAGCUGAAGAGAAGCAGUAUCUGAUUGGUGGAAGUGAGUUUUGACUCAAACUUGGGUGUGUCUUGCUUGAGGUGCGUAUGGAUAUCCCAGGCCUCAAGUCAGCAGAGGAGGGGCCGGGCUGGCAGGUGUCAGCCAGGCAUCUGCUAUCACCUCUUCUCACGCAGCCGCUACAACAACAUGCAGCACUUCCAGACACCAGAGAUUUUGAGGACACCACUGCAGGAACUUUGUCUUCAUACCAAACUUCUAGCUCCAGCCAACAUGCCUAUUGCAGACUUCUUAGCAAGAGCACCAGAGGCACCAGCAUUUAUGGUCAUCAGAAAUGCUGUUCAGUUGCUCAAGAGCAUGGAUGCCCUAGAUGGCUGGGAGGAUGUCACAGAGUUGGGCCAUCACCUGUUGGAUCUGCCACUACCACCACGCCUGGCCAAAAUGGUCAUCACGGCAACAGUUCUGAAGUGCCUCGAUCCAGUGCUCACUGUAGCUGCCUGCCUCUCCUACAAGGACCCCUUCAUACUACCGAAGCACCCAAAUGAGAAGAGAAGUGCAACUGCUGUACGCAGGAAGUUCACAUCAGGGACUUACAGCGACCAUAUGGUUCUCCUAAAGGCAUUCCAGGCUUGGCAGAAGGCCUGUAGUGAAGGCUGGGAAAGAGGCUGGUGUGAGAGGAACUUUGUCUCUGGAGCCAACAUGGAGAUGAUCCACGGAAUGCGGUCGCAAGUGCUAGCCCAGCUGCGAGGAGCAGGCUUUGUGCGAGCUCGUGGACCUGGAGAUAUUAGGAUCUGUGACGAUCUGGCCACCAAUAAGCGAACUGCAGUCGCCUGUGAAGAGGGCUUGGAAUUCAGUUUUCACGGCUUGGUAUGGAGGACGAAGGUCAUUUACUAA